AUGACCACUGAGAGGGUGAGAGUGCAACACCUGUAUAAUUGCUGCCAGAACUUCAAGGCCAAGCUAAACAGUGUCUACAAGAUACUUCUACAACAGCAUGAAGCCACCGGCCGGACGCCUCCAGAUGACUCAGACAAUUACAAGAGGAGCAAAGCAACAGCUGUGUGCUUCGAGCUUGAGACCACGCAGGAUAAAUUCCUUGAGGCCUUGACCUCCUCUAGUGUCAAGGUGUAUUUUGACUAUCUCGAAAGAACCCACAAGGAGAGUAUCAAGCCCGCAUCUUCUCUUAAUAAUUACUGGCGAGUCUUCAAGUCCCUCUACACCAAGAAGACCGACAAGACGCUGGACGAGUCGGAGUCGACUGCACGGGACUGCCGGCGGUACAAGAAUGUCGUCAUCAAGCGAUGGGGCCUUCGGAGACUCCCAAAGCACAAGCCCUCGGGCACAAAAGAUGACGUGUAUCGUGUCCUCCGGUUCCACUGGGAGCGCUCUCUACAAAGAUCUAUGCUGGUGAGAAGCAGCGUGUCUAUGUCGCGGCUGGUAUACUCAUGUCCUUUAUCUCCGGAUCUCGGACCUGGGAAACGGAAGCGGCUUCCUUUGAAUGACGAUAGGGGGCUCCUGGUGUCAAAGCGAGCUAAGUCAGCUACCAGCCGAAGAGCAUCGGCUGCUGUUCAGGAGACAUCCUCGCCCGAUCAAACUAAUCUUUCAGAUGUGAACAUGAGCGACUCUUCCCAUGAUGGCCUAGAAGAUGCUUCUGAACAUUCUCCCUUGACAAAGGAGAGUGACAUUGACAAUGAUACUGGCGACGAAGAUGAUGAAGAUGAAGAUGAAGACGAUAUUAGCUUCGCAGACAGUGGAUAUGACAGUGUUAGCCCCACAAACAAGCCCGAUGGGGAUUUCAUCGAGGAUGUGACAGAUGAUGAGUAUGAUGCGGGCCCUGAAGAGACAGGGGCCCUGCUCUGGAGGCAUAUUUCGUUUCACAUCAUCCGCUAUUCACAGCCGGGGCGGCCAAACUUGCUCCUUGCCCAAAUCACGCUUCUUCACACGAAAGGCUAG